AUGAAGGCAUAUGAGCCACACAUGACAUGGUUGCCCAGGGGCGAGCGCCCUAUUCCAGCAUUGACCAGUGACCAGCUGGAGAUUCUAACCCAACUACACGUUCGCCAAAUCAGACGGGUUCAAGAUAGGGAGGCCGUGCUCAACGAGGUACAUGAGAUCUUAAGCUAUUUUCAGGCCCACGCAAACUCAACCCCGAUUCUCUGCCGGAGCGACGGUGGCGUCCCAAUUUUGCGCCUUUUGGAGGAGCGAACCGCGCAACUAUUGGCACAUAUGGCUCGGUUACAGGAUGAGGAACGCCAGGAUCGGGCUAUCGAGCGUGCUCUUUGGAGGCCAGACGGAAUGAUCCAAUGA